GAUGUGGCGUAAAGCGAGGACGCCGAAGUUUUGAACCAUUUUGAGCGGCGAAAUCAGUGCUGUCACCAUGAGCAAACGCGAAGACUCAUGGGAGAGGCUGGACACGGAGUUUGAUCAUUUUCUGUUGGACAUGAAACCAUACGUCCUGAAACACCCCAACAAGUCCGAGCGCCAGCGUUGUGCCAUCUGGAUAAAGAAGCUGUGCGACCCAGCCACUUGCGGUUCUGGUCUGAUAGGUCGUAAGAACCGCAACAUGUAUGCCCAUUUGCUCCUUCACAUGCUCAGAAGAGGGGUCCUGGAGGGGCCGUUCACCACCAAACCAGAGCCGGGAAGCCUCAAGACGCUCCCCACCUACAUGUCCAUCUACUUUGAUGAGCCACUGAGCGGUGGGUCUGCGGAGCUCCACCAUGUGGGUCUGCCUGACUGGGUGACAGGAGAGCUGGGAGGCCCUGCUGAUGACAGUCUGACUCUGGGGCUGCUGAAGGACAGUUCUACACCUACUGCAGCUCGUUACAGGAGGACGCUGUACGAGGACAAGACCCCAUCCCGGCCCAUGUCCUCUAGUCCCCUCAAACAGUCUCCCAGACAAGAUGCCAGAACGGUGGAUGGCGGGCUGAAGGCAGAUAUGUCUCCCGAUGACAGUGACCUGGAGGCUCGUCUCAACAGCUGGAACCUCGGGAUUGAAAACCCCAGGUAUUUGCGAGCGAAGCCCAUUCCCCUGUCACCAAUUUUCAAGUCAAGCUUUGGCAGGAACAGCACCUUGGCCAACGAUCAGGACUCGCAGAGUAAAGAGACCGACAUGAAGAUCAAAGUCCUGGAAGCGAAGCACCAAGAGGAGAAGCUGAAGAUGCAGCAGAGACACGAUGCAGAUGUUGAGAAGAUUCUGGACAGAAAAAAUGGUGAGAUUGAGGAGACGAAGAGCCUGUACCGAGCCAAGCAGAAGGAAUGGGAGGAGAUGAUCCGUAAGCUGGAGAAGAAAGUUCAAAGUGUGCUGAGGGAAUCGCAGGUCAUCCGCCAGAGCAAAGACAAGCAGAUUGCAGAGCUGAGGAAGAUGUCCGAUCAGAGCGCCGACUCCUUAAAAAACGAGUGGGAGAAGAAGCUGCAUGCUGCCGUGACAGAGAUGGAGCAGGACAAGUUUCAGCUGCAGAAGAAGCACACGGAGAACAUCCAGGAGCUGCUGGAGGACACCAACCUCAGACUGACCAAGAUGGAGACAGAGUAUAACGCUCGCUCACAAGCUACUGAGCAAACGGUGCGCGAGCUGGAGCUGCGGGUGAAACAGCAGUCGGUGGAGGUAGAGAAAGGCAACGCGCUGCGUCAGAAGGUGACUCAGGAGAAGGCCCAGUUGGAGAUCCACCUGGCAUCCCUCAGCGCUGAGCUGCAGGAGGCUGACAGGCGGAUUAUGAUCCUGCAGAAGGAGAAGGAGCAGCAGCGUGAGCAGCAUCAGCAGACCAUGCAGCAGCUCCAAGCCAAGCACGAGACUGACAUGAGCCAUUUACAUCAGGAGCACAAUCUGUCUGCUGCGAAGGCCUCUGAGCUGAUAGAGGAGCUGGAGAAAGCUGUGAGUCAGAUCAAACAGCAGCUCCAGGACAGUGAACAUCGAAGACAGCAACAAGUCAGGGAUCAGGAGAUAAAGUUUCAGCAGGAAAAAGAUCAAGUGCUGAUCAGCUGUGAGAAAAAGGUUUCAGCGCUUCACAGUGAGGCAGAGAAAGAGAGAACAGAGGCCAAGAGGAAGAUAUCCAGACUGGAAGAUGCACUCAGGGAGAUGGAGAGCCAGUUGGACCGAGCCAGGGAGAGCCAAAGACAGCAGAUCCAGCAGGCAGAUAUGGCUCUGGAGCAGUUCAAGAAGCAGAUGGAGAAGGUAGAGGAGGACCUGAUCCGCUCCAAAUCCCUCCGGAAGAAUCAGGCCAAAGAGUUCUCGCAGCAACUUGAUGCACUGAGACAGAAAUAUGAGCAGCAGAUGGCUGAGCAGCGCAUGCAGCAUGAGCAGGAGAGGACGCGGCUACAGCAGCAGCACAGCGCGGAAAAGGACAGCCUGGUCCAGGAGCGCCAGCGGGAGGCGAGCAGCCUGGAGAGGCAGGCCAGGGCCGCCCUGCACCAGCACCAGCAGCACACCCAGGAGUGGAGGAAGCGCGAUGCCCAGACUAUUUCAGAUUUGGAAGUCCAGUUGUCAGGUCUGCGUGAGGAACUCCAGCAGGCCCGUGUCCAGCAUAAGCAGCAGCUGGCUGAGAUGGCGCUGCUCCAGGAGGAGAAAGAAGAGAGAGCGAUCCUGGACAAGGAGGCGUCUCUGGACCGGCUCCGCUCCGACAUGGAACGAAUCCGCAUCGACCUCGAGAGGAGCCACCAGCAGGAGAAGGAUGCUGCUCACGAGAAGAUCAACAGCAGGUUGAAGCAGAUUGAGAAGGAGUACGGUCAGAAGCUCGCCAGGUCUGCCCAGCUGAUCGCGGAGCUGCAGACGUCUGCAUGUGACUCGAAGGAGGAGGCUGUUGGUCUGCAGCAGGCGAUGGAGAAGCAGCUGAAGGAGGCCAACGCUCGGUGGGACCAGGAGAGGAGAACCAUCACCCAGCAUGCAGACCAGGCCAGCAAGGCUCUGCAGGAAAAGGUGGAGAGUCUACAGAGGCAGCUGCACUGCUCGGAGAAGAAGCUGCUCAGCAGAGAGCUGGAGACUGAAGAGAAGGUGACUCUGGUGCAUCAGGAGUACGAGCAGAAGAUCAAAGGUUUGAUGCCAGCUGAACUCAGACAGGAGCUGGAGGACACCAUCACCUCUCUGAAAGCUCAGGUGACCUUCCUUCAGAAGAGAGCGUCUUUGCUGCAGGAGGACCUGGACGCCUGUCGCAGCAGGAGGUGACAGGAAGAACCACGGCUGAGCUCGGCGCCGUGAAGCCGUGACCUCCGUCAGAUGUGAGCAAACUUGACUGUUGCCGUAUUUCACACACUCGUCAUGCCACCGGAAACGCCAUCUUUUAGUUUGAUGUCCUCAUUAAAUAUUUAUUCAUUGUCUUGUUGGCAAAGAAGGUUUUUAGGUUUUUGUUCAAGUUUUCUAAUUUAACUUGAUGUUUUUCAUAUUUGAUGUCACGUUCUGACAGAAUCCAUCGUUUUUAAUAAAAGCUUUGCAUCGUU